AAUAUGGGUUCUUCAUUUUCCUACCCAUAUUAUGCAAAUGCCGCACAGAAACAAACGGAUUCCUUGGAAAUCUAUCACUUCAAAACAAAAUUCUAAACGAGAUUAUAAGGAACAAAAACUUUUUAAGGAAUGGCAGCGAAGUCGAGACAUAUCAAGUUCAUACUCAGCCAACGAAAUAUCUGAACCAUUUUCCUCAUUGCCAAUGAAAGAACCUCGUAGAAUGACUGUGCGGGUGCAACUGCCUGUUAACAGAUAUCAAACUAAAAAAUCUUAUUUGAGGAGUACUCGGAUGGACAGCAAUCACACUGAACAAAUCUCUCGUCUUCGCGCAUCGCAAUCUCCAAUAGCCAUUUCCCUUCAAAAAUGCCCGACAUGGACUUCACUAGAUGGACUCAAAUUCCGGGGUUACUGGGACAAUGAAGGCAGUGGCGUGUUAUUAAAUACGGGACAAACUGCAUAUUUUACCCUCGACACAAACUCUCGACCACGACUAAGCGGCGGGCCCCUAAUGGGCGAGUACAUAUUCGAGCAAAUGCACUUUCACUGGUCUGUUGACGACUUCACCGGCUGCGAACACGUUUUAGAUGGUCAUGGCUACGCAGCAGAAUGUCACUUUGUCCACUACAACAGUAAAUACGAGUCAAUGGAAGCGGCGGUAGGUCAUGCUGACGGCUUGGCUGUGGUUGGUUUCCUUUUGGAGGUUGUAGACGCCCCUAACCCGAAAUUUGACAAGCUUGUUGAGGGUUUGGAGGUGAUUCAGAAGCGUGACCAAGCUGUUCGAGUCACUGCGGAGUCACUGUCCUGGAUGGAGCGGGACGACCUGCGUGAGGGCAGCUACGUGACCUACAAAGGGUCGUUAACCACGCCCCCGUACACCGAGUGUGUCACAUGGAUCAUUUACCAGAAACCUGUGCAAAUAGGCACAGAACAGUUGGGCCUUCUUCGGCAGUUGGAAGGGCUGGAUAGCAAGCCCAUCGAGAGGAACGUGCGGCCGACGCAACGCCACCCUCCCGGCCACUCCGUCAUUUACGUGAAGCAAUUCAAGGCGAAGCUUUAA